AUGGCCUUCCUUAUCAAGAAGGAAGAUAGGGUGUGGGCCUUUCUAAAGAACAAUCUCCACACCAAACACGUACCGAGCAGGUGCUGCUACGUGCCAAGUGCAUCCUCGACCAAUGAGCUGUGCCGGGGGCGGUGCCUCCGAGGCUCACCUGGAGGCUGCGGCGCUGCCAGGCUCAGUGGCGUUGGGAGCCGCACAGCACCUGUGAGUUCACGGAAGUCUGUAAAGACUCUAGCCCGGCCCGGCCCGGCCCGACUCGACCGCGCCCGGCCCCCGCCUUCGCUCGGCACCCGCCCGGCCCGCCAUGGGCCCUCCGCGCCGCCAGCGCUUCUGCUGCUGCUGCUGCAGGUCUCCCCUCGGCUCUGCCAGGAGCCGGAGCCUUGCCAUUCUGGCUUUGGCGCUGAGAGCUACACCUUCAUCGUCCCCCGACAGCACUUGGAGAGAGGCCGAGUCCUGGGCAGAGUGAGUUUUGAAGGAUGCACCGGUCGACCGAGAACAGUCUAUUUUUCUGACGACUCCCAUUUCAAAGUGAGCACAGAUGGUGUGGUUACCGUCAAACGGCCUGUACAACUUCAUAAUUCAGAGACCAGUUUUACUAUCCACGCCUGGGAUGCUACCCACCGAAAACUUUCCACCAAAAUUACGCUGAAGGUAGCAGAGCACCUCCGCCACCACAACCACCACCACCACCACCGCCACCGCCACCAUCACGACUCUUCUGGAACCCAGACAGAUGUGAUCACAUUUCCUAAUUCCCACCAUGGUCUCAGAAGACAGAAGAGAGACUGGGUUAUCCCUCCCAUCAGCUGCCCAGAAAAUGAAAAAGGCCCAUUUCCUAAGAAUCUGGUUCAGAUCAAAUCCAACAGGGACAAAGAAAUCAAGGUUUUCUACAGCAUCACUGGCCAAGGAGCUGAUACUCCUCCUGUUGGCGUAUUUAUUAUUGAAAAAGAAACAGGACAGCUGAUGGUGACACAGCCUUUGGAUAGAGAAAAUAUUCCCAAGUACACUCUCUUUUCUCAUGCUGUGUCAUCAAAUGGAAAUGCAGUUGAGGAACCGAUGGAGAUCGUGAUCACAGUGACUGAUCAGAAUGACAAUAAGCCUGAGUUUACCAAGAUGGUUUUUGAAGGGUCCGUUGCGGAAGGUGCUCUUCCAGGAACCUCCGUGAUGCAGGUCACAGCCACAGAUGCAGACGAUGAUGUGAACACCUAUAAUGCUGCCAUUGCUUAUACCAUCGUCAGCCAAGAUCCUAAGCUGCCUGAAGACAAUAUGUUUACCAUCAACCGGGACAGUGGAGUCAUCAGUGUGCUCACCACCGGGCUGGACCGAGAGAGUUUUCCCACGUAUACGCUGGUGGUUCAAGCUGCUGACCUUCAAGGUGAAGGCUUAAGCACAACAGCAACAGCCAUAAUCACAGUCACUGACACCAACGAUAAUCCUCCCAUCUUCAACCCCACCACGUACCAAGGUGAGGUGCCUGAGAACCUGGUUGAUGCUGUGAUCACCACACUCAAAGUGACCGACGCCGAUGCCCCCAACACCCCAGCUUGGCAGGCUGUGUACACCAUAUUAAAUGACAAGGAGGGGCAGUUCGUCGUUGUCACAGAUCCAACAAACAACAAUGGCUUGCUGAAAACAGCUAAGGGCUUGGAUUAUGAGGCCAAACAGCAGUACAUUCUACACGUGGCAGUGGAAAAUGUGGCCCCCUUUAUGGUCUCUCUCUCCACUUCCACGGCCACUGUCACCGUGAAUGUGCUGGAUGUGAACGAGGCCCCCAUAUUUGUGCCCCUUGAGAAGAUAGUGAAAGUGUCUGAAGACUUUGCUGUGGGCCAGGAGAUCACGUCCUACACGGCCCGGGAGCCAGACACGUUCAUGGAGCAGAAGAUAACGUAUCGGAUUUGGAGGGAUGCUGCCAGCUGGCUUGAGAUUAAUCCGGACACUGGUGCCAUUUCCACUCGGGCUGAGCUGGACAGAGAGGAUGUGAACCAUGUGAAGAAUAGCACAUACACAGCCCUCAUCAUAGCCACCGACAGUGGUUCUCCACCUGCCACUGGAACGGGAACUCUUCUACUGAUCCUCUCUGAUGUGAAUGACAAUGGCCCCAUACCGGAACCUCGAAUUAUGGAUUUCUGCCAAAGGAAUCCACAGCCUCGUGUCAUAGACAUCAUUGACCCCGAUCUUCCCCCCAACACGUCUCCUUUCACAGCAGAACUAACCCACGGGGCAAGCAUCAACUGGACCAUUGAGUAUAAUGACCCAGCCCAAGAGUCUCUCAUUUUGAAGCCAAAAAAACCCUUAGAGAUCGGUGACUACAAAAUCAACCUCAGACUCAUGGAUUACCAGAAAAAAGACCAGGUGACCACCUUAGAAGUCCAUGUAUGUGACUGUGAAGGAAUUGUCAACAACUGUGUGAAGGCGGGAUACAUCGAAGCAGGAUUACAAGUUCCUGCUAUUCUGGGGAUUCUUGGAGGAAUCCUUGCCUUGCUAAUCCUGAUUCUGCUGCUCCUGCUUUUCCUUCGGAGGAGAGGGGUGGUCAAAGAGCCCUUACUGCCCCCAGAAGAUGACACCCGGGACAACGUUUAUUACUAUGAUGAAGAAGGAGGUGGAGAAGAGGACCAGGACUUUGACCUCAGCCAGUUGCACAGGGGCCUGGAUGCCCGGCCUGAAGUGACUCGCAAUGAUGUGGCACCAACCCUCUACAGUGUGCCCCAGUAUCGUCCCCGCCCUGCUAAUCCUGAUGAAAUUGGCAAUUUUAUUGAUGAAAAUCUGAAAGCGGCUGACAGUGACCCCACAGCCCCCCCUUACGACUCUCUGCUCGUGUUUGACUAUGAGGGAAGUGGUUCCGAAGCCGCCAGUCUCAGCUCCCUGAACUCCUCAGAGUCAGACAAAGACCAGGACUAUGACUACCUGAACGAAUGGGGCAACCGCUUCAAGAAGCUGGCGGAUAUGUAUGGAGGUGGUGAGGACGACUAGGGGAUUCCAGAGAGAUGGGUCCCAAGACCCGCGCGGUGGGAAAAGCAGAAACCCUGUUGCUGGUGGCUUUUCAGCUCCCUUCCCUCGAGAUGCAUUUCUGGGACAAAGAGACUGUGAUCAGUGAUGUAGUUAGAAUAGUUAUGAUUUCUGCUUUCUAGCUCUAAUCCGUGUGUGUUAGAAAGAUUUCAACAUAUUCAUCACAUCUUUUAUUUUUUCCUUUUGUCUCUCUAUGCAUAGUGACAAUGUCCAAAAGAUCCCCAAAUUUUCCUAUUUCAAAAGAACUUCUGCCUUAGAAGGUUCUGCUGGCAACUUGCAGAUUUUCUUAAAAGGGGUUUUGCCUCACUUUUUUUUUUUUUUUAAAGGGAAGAGUCCAUUGAUUUUAUUAUAUUGUUUUAUAUAUAUAAAAAUAAUUUUUAAAAAAUUAAUGUGCUUCCCCCCAUCACUUCACCGAUGUCUCAUGUUCUAAUAUCCACUCUUAUUUCUUAAUUCUAUUAUUUGCCUCAGAUGGGAGUUCCCUGAUGCAGAAAUGACUGGGCCCUUUUAGGAGUGGCUUGUGUCUUGGUCUGGCCGUAUCAUGACUGGGCAUUGUAUACUCUAAAUACUGUUAGUGGUUCAUUGUAUACUCUAAAUACUGUUAGUGGUUUUCCUUUUUCAUCUCUUGAGUACUAACUUGAAAUAGGCAUCUACCCAUUUACUCAUUCUGAAUAAGAACGUAUGUUACAUGAAUGCCAUUGGAUUGCUUGGGUUCUAAACAGGGAGACCUGACAAGGAAAACGUGGUGAGUUUUCAGGUGCCACUCAGUUUUUAAUGUGUGUUACCACUGAAACGAAGGAAUGACGUAUUCCAAGACUUCGAAUAGUGCCUACAGUGCUACAGCCAAAGACAGAGGGGUAAUAUGGAGAGCGGGCUUGGGGGAAAGCUUGUCACUGAGCCUGGCGGUUUAGUAGACCGAUGCUGAGGAGAGCUGAGGUUGGGUCUAACUCGUCUCUGAAAGUUCUGCAAGAAUGGAGGCCUCUCAACAUGUGUUUCCUAUUCAGGAUCCUCAUACCAUGGUUUGUACUCAAAGUCCAGAAUCCCCAAGUGCCUGUUUUUGAAGAAGUCUGCUGAAAAAUGCUGACUGAUCUGGACAUAUUUGCCUGAUUGCGAGUAUGCACAGAAAACUGAGAAUAUUAGAAAUCUCAAUUUUUUUAGGAGCACAAAAAAGAAAGAAAGAAAGAAAGAAAGAAAGGAAGGAAGGAAGGAAGGAAGGAAGGAAGGAAGGAAGGAAGAAAGAAAGAAACUGCCCUAAAGGCUGUUAAGCAAGGGGAGGCAGGGAUGAAGAGGAUCUUGAUUUGGAUAUUUUCUUAGUCAAAAUGCAAACUUCAGCUUCUGACAAUCACA